UACACAUUUUCAGCAGUUUUGUGGGGUUAAAAUUUACAUAUCAGAAUUUGGGCCUACUUUCAGUAUACAACUCAAAGAUCUUCCUGGUGUUACUUGAGCCGCUUCCGCCAUGGGAGAAAUAGAGCAGAAGCCCACCCCAGGAUCUCGCCUGGGGGCCCCCGAGAAUUCAGGGAUCAGCACCUUGGAGCGUGGACAGAAGGCGCCCUCAACACCUUCAGGAAAACUUAUGUCCAUCAAAAUCCAGAUGCUGGAUGACACCCAGGAAGCAUUUGAAGUCCCACAAAGAGCGCCGGGGAAGGUGCUGCUGGACGCAGUCUGCAACCACCUCAACCUUGUAGAAGGCGACUAUUUUGGCCUUGAGUUUCCUGAUCACAAAAAGAUCACGGUGUGGCUGGAUCUCUUAAAACCUAUUGUGAAACAGAUUCGAAGGCCGAAGCACGUUGUUGUUAAGUUUGUGGUGAAAUUCUUUCCACCUGACCACACACAGCUCCAGGAAGAACUCACAAGGUACCUGUUUGCUCUGCAGGUGAAGCAGGACUUGGCUCACGGCAGGUUGACGUGUAAUGACACCAGCGCCGCGCUGUUGGUCUCACACAUCGUACAGUCUGAGAUUGGGGAUUUUGAUGAAGUGUUGGACAGGGAGCACUUAGCGAAAAAUAAGUACAUACCUCAGCAAGAUGCGCUCGAAGACAAAAUCGUGGAGUUUCACCACAACCACGUUGGACAAACUCCAGCAGAGUCAGAUUUCCAGCUCCUGGAGGUGGCCCGACGGCUAGAGAUGUACGGAAUCCGCUUGCACCCAGCCAAGGACAGGGAAGGCACUAAGAUCAACUUGGCCGUGGCCAACACUGGGAUCCUAGUGUUUCAGGGUUUCACCAAGAUCAACGCCUUCAACUGGGCCAAGGUGCGGAAGCUGAGCUUCAAGAGGAAGCGCUUUCUCAUCAAGCUCCGCCCCGAUGUGAACAGCUCAUACCAGGAUACCUUGGAAUUCCUAAUGGCCAGUCGGGAUUUCUGCAAGUCCUUCUGGAAAAUCUGUGUCGAACAUCAUGCCUUUUUUAGACUUUUUGAAGAGCCCAAACCAAAGCCAAAGCCUGUUCUAUUUAGUCGAGGGUCAUCAUUUCGGUUCAGCGGUCGGACUCAGAAGCAGGUUCUCGACUACGUUAAGGAAGGAGGACACAAGAAAGUGCAGUUUGAAAGAAAACACAGCAAGAUUCAUUCCGUCAGGAGCCUUGCCAUGCAGCCUACAGAACCAAAUUCAGAAGUGCCAAAACAGUCUCCGAAGAGUGCCAGCCUUACAUUUGGAGAAGAUGCCCCAUCGCCCGGUGGCCGGAGCUGCCAGCAAGGAAAGGAACUGAAAGUUUCUGCUGAAGAGCUGGGGUCCCACCAGAACCCCGCUCUGAAGAAGAGCCCUCCGGGGAGCACACUGGCAGACGGAGCCACUCGGGUGCCACGGGAGGAAGAGGAUGAGGAGGAGGGCGUCAAGGACCGGGUCCAGCCCAGCAAGCCUCAGCCCCCGCAGCCAAGCACAGGCUCCCUGACUGGUAGCCCUCACCUUUCAGAGCUGUCCAUCAACUCGCAGGGAGGAGCUGCCCCCGCCACUGCGACCCUGUCUCCCAACCUGAGUCCUGACACCAAGCAGGCCUCACCCUUGAUCAGCCCGCUGCUGAACGACCAGGCGUGCCCGAGGACCGACGACGAGGAGGAAGGCCGCAGGAAGAGAUUUCCAACCGACAAGGCAUACUACAUUGCUAAAGAAGUGUCCACCACGGAGCGGACAUAUCUGAAGGAUCUCGAGGUCAUCACUUCGUGGUUUCAGAGCACAGUGAGCAAAGAAGACGCCAUGCCCGAAACAUUGAAGAGUCUGAUAUUCCCCAAUUUUGAACCUUUGCACAAAUUUCACACCAAUUUUCUCAAGGAAAUUGAGCAACGACUUGCCCUGUGGGAAGGCCGCUCAAACGCCCACGUCAGAGGAGAUUACCAAAGAAUCGGCGACAUCAUGCUCAAGAACAUCCAGGGCAUGAAGCACCUGGCCCCUCACCUGUGGAAGCACAGCGAGGCCCUGGAGGCGCUGGAGGACACCAUCAAGGGCUCGCGGCGGCUGGAGCACUUCUGCAGAGACUUCGAGCAGCAGAAGGUGUGCUACCUGCCACUCAACACCUUCCUUCUGCGCCCGCUGCACCGCCUCAUGCACUACAAGCAGGUGCUGGAGCGGCUGUGCAAGCACCACCCGCCAAGCCACGCCGACUUCAGGGACUGCCGAGCGGCGUUGGCGGAGAUCACAGAGAUGGUGGCGCAGCUGCAUAGCACCAUGAUCAAGAUGGAGAACUGCCAGAAGCUGCACGAGCUCAAGAAGGAUCUCAUUGGCAUCGACAAUCUCGUGACUCCAGGAAGGGAGUUCAUCCGCCUGGGCAGCCUCAGCAAGCUCUCAGGGAAGGGGCUCCAGCAGCGCAUGUUUUUCCUGUUCAACGACGUCCUGCUGUACACCAGCCGCGGGCUCACGGCCUCCAACCGCUUCAAGGUGCACGGGCAGCUCCCGCUCUACGGCAUGGCGAUCGAGGAGAGCGAGGCCGAGUGGGGGGUGCCCCACUGCCUGACCUUGCGGGGCCAGCGCCAGUCCAUCGUGGUGGCUGCCAGCUCUCGGGCCGAGAUGGAGAAGUGGGUGGAGGACAUCCAGAUGGCCAUCGACCUGGCAGAGAAGAGCAGCGGCCCCAAUGCCGAGGUCCUCGCCAGCAGCCCCCCUGACAACAAGUCUCCAGAUGAAGCCACAGCAGUGGACCAGGAGUCGGAGGACGACCUGAGCGCUUCGCGCACCUCCCUGGAGCGCCAGGCCCCUCACCGCGGCAACACGAUGGUGCACGUGUGCUGGCACCGCAGCACCAGCGUCUCUAUGGUGGACUUCAGCGUCGCCGUGGAGAACCAGCUGUCUGGGAACCUGCUGAGGAAAUUCAAAAACAGCAAUGGGUGGCAGAAGCUGUGGGUGGUGUUCACAAACUUCUGCCUGUUCUUCUACAAGUCGCACCAGGACAAUCAUCCCCUCGCCAGCCUGCCUCUGCUUGGAUACUCGCUCACCAUCCCUGCGGAGUCUGAGAACAUCCACAAGGACUACGUGUUCAAGCUGCAUUUCAAGUCCCACGUGUACUACUUCAGGGCCGAAAGCGAGUACACGUUUGAAAGGUGGAUGGAAGUCAUCCGGAGUGCCACCACCUCAGCCUCUCGGGCCCACGUCCUGAGUCACAAAGAAUCGCACAUGUACUGACGGCUGGACCCCUCGCCAGCUGCCCGGCUGUGGCUGCUUUACUGGAAGACAUCUCCCUCAUGUAUGACAACUCACUCCUGUCAGGAAAGAACGCGGUUUUACAGCAACUCUCCCGUCUCUCACUGCGGGGGGCGCCUGCCCUGACCUGUCUUCUCCCGCCGUCUGUCAUUGGAACCAGCCUGGGGUUCGACCGUCAUCCCUGGGGCUGUUCUUCAGUUUGUGCCAGUAUUGAGACAUUGUCCGAGUGCCAAACGACACCCUUUCCCUCUGUCCGCACACGUCUGUUCAACCGAGGACAGGGCAAAUGCUCCUCUUUUUCUUAGGACUUAACUGUUUUCAUCCACGGGCUGCUGUUUUUAAAAAGUGGAUUUUCCAGUGAUCUCGACACACAUGGCGCAGUCUCCAGCAAGCGAUCAUUUUCAGAUUUCGGUUUUUUCAAUCUUUCUACUUUUAUAAUAAUAGGAAGUUGUAGGACUCACUUUCCUUGACUAAUAAGGGACCUGCAACGCACUCAGUUUGGCUGAGGGGUUUCUUGCUCCAGCGACACCCUAGUCACCAGACUGGCCUCUUGGUGAAGUCGACCAGCUUGUUGAAGUGAUUACUAUUUACUGACUAGUGGGGUGUCUUCUGUUCAGAAGCAGAAACCCAGUGCAAUUCUGGGCUGUCGCGCUGUACUGUGAGUGGUGUGUACGUGGGGAGAUUGUACGCUGUGGUGUUUGCUGUUUCACACGCAUGAGAACCUGUAUGUCACUGACCAGAGCCGUUCGUGCUGUUUCGUUGAGGGGGUUGUGUGAGCUUCGUGGAUGCAGUCAUGGUACGUAGUCCUGGCCCCCAGUAGAUCCACCUCCUCCUGCCGCCGCGGUUUUAAACUGUUCAGUCUCUAGUAGUGUCUGUUGUGCCUGUUUUCAGAGCAAAACAGUCUUUCCUCUUUUUAUACUCGCCCCCAGGCAUGGGGAAUCAGCGGGCUGCCAAUGGAACAGACUUCACCGAGAACCCUACUGGGCCCACAAAUGGAAAAACUUUUGCCUGUCCUCUAGGACGACCAGGUGGCUGUCGUUCCCUUAGUGUUCUCGAGCCUUUUUUAACUCGAGUCGGCCAACUCAGCACAGCCCUCUCUCAGCACCCUACACCCCCAACGGGGGAAGCCAACUUAACACGAGACA